UAUCUUACAUCUUGAUAAAUUAUUCGUUUUUUAGUUCGUUCUUUAUUCUUCUUCGAGGUCUCUAUUACGUCUGCAAGCUUUAGUAUAUUCGAUUUUGAGUCCCAUCGAUCUGUUCUUGGCAUGUUUUCGUUUAUAUCCGAUUCAGAUCCAAUUGGUAGUGAAAACUGAAAACGAAUUCUAGUUUUCUUGUUUGGAUCUCGGAAACUUCUUAAUCGCUUUAAUGGCGGAUUCCUUUAAUAACUAUACAACUUGAAAUUCCCAUAUUUGAUAAUGAUCAAAAUUUAUCGCUGAUUUUCGGUUAGACAAGAGUUACAAGUAGAUGGAAUUCACGUGGAAAACCUUAAAGUGGAGGGAGGGUUCUUCGCCAUAAAUGAUCAUUACUCAUUUUCUUGAUUUAAUGAUCUGAAAGACUUAUCCUUGCAUUCAAAUGGAAAUCCAGAGACAAUCAAACCCAAUCCACUUGUCGUAUGCUUCGGGGAAAUGUUGAUUGAUUUCGUGCCUUCAAUUUCUGGGGUUUCACUUGCAGAAGCACCCGAUUUCAAGAAAGCUCCUGGUGGUGCUCCUGCUAAUGUCGCUGUUGGUAUAGCAAGAUUGGGAGGCUCUUCCGCUUUCAUAGGCAAGGUGGGUGAUGAUGAAUUUGGUCACAUGUUGGCUGACAUUUUGAAGAAAAACAAAGUCGACAACUCUGGGAUGCGAUUUGACCAAAAUGCAAGAACAGCUUUGGCUUUUGUUACUCUAAAAUCUGAUGGAGAGAGGGAAUUUAUGUUUUUUCGUAAUCCGAGUGCCGACAUGCUUCUUCAUGAAUCGGAACUUGAUUUGAAUCUUAUCAAGCAGGCGAGUAUAUUCCACUAUGGUUCUAUUAGCUUGAUAGAGGAGCCAUGCAAAUCAACACAUCUAGUUGCAAUGGCAAUAGCAAAGAAAUCGGGAAGCAUCCUAUCUUAUGAUGUGAAUUUGAGAUUACCAUUAUGGCCCUCAGAGGAUGCGGCUCGACAAGGCAUAAUGAGCAUAUGGGAUCAAUCAGAUAUCAUCAAGGUAAGUGAGGAUGAAAUUACGUUUUUGACCGGGGGUGACGAUCCUUAUGACGAUAACGUGGUGUUGAAUAAACUUUUUCAUCCAAAUCUUAAGCUUUUGCUUGUAAGUGAAGGGCCAGAUGGGUGUAGAUAUUAUACAAAGGAAUUUAAGGGUAGAGUUCCGAGUGUUAAAGUAAAGCCUGUUGAUACUACGGGUGCUGGAGAUGCAUUUGUUGGUGGAAUUUUAAGCAAUUUAGCUUUGGAUACAAAUCUUUAUAAGGACGAAGCAAAACUAAGAGAAGCACUUGUUUUUGCAAACGCAUGUGGGGCCCUAACUGUAACAAAGAAAGGAGCCAUUCCAUCUAUGCCCACAAGAGAUGAAGUCCACGAAAUCUUGAAAAACGAAUGAUUUGUUGGUGUUUUUUUUUUUGUUGUGUUCUUUUGUACUUGUUAAUAAGAUGAACUCCAUUCUUUUUUGGAAGAAAAAAAAAGGUUUAUUUGAAUUGAACCAUACCCUAGUACAAUGUACAAGUCUUAUCUGCAUAGUUAGCAGUUGUAGUUGUACAUUGAAGGCGAAUAGAUGGAGUUUGUAUGCCACUUGUCAACAUUGUUAACAUUGUUGGUAAAAGAAUGUUGGUUUUUGAAGACCUUUUUUUGGUCCAUUUGUAGGGAACUUAUAAAAAAUGUAUGGAAUAAGUAUUAGUUAACAA